AGGGGCCUGGGGCCAUGGCCGGGAGCAGGAGGAACGUGUUCUUAGCGAAAUUACUGAAACGACUCUAUGGUGAAACUUCAUCUUCUCUUGUUCAUACUUCAAGUAGAGAAGAGGAGGUGGUUCUUGAAAAUCUUGGAUCAAAAUCUGAAGAAAAGAAUUUGGAUAAUGUUCAGACUUCAACAGCAGAUGCUAGYGCAUCAACUAAUACACCAUGCAAAUCAUUUCAAGGUAGUGAUGAUGCACUUAUGUCUCCAAGAAUUUACACAGUGGAACCUCCUCCAGAGGGUUAUGUUGCAGUUACUCCAGAUGCUCUUAACAAUGCAGUUUCUGAAAACUCAAGCAGUAGUGCUGACUCAACAGAAGAGGAAUAUCAAGGGCAAACCAAGAGAAAGCGCAUUCGAAGGAAGAAACAAAAGAGCAAAACAAACAAAAGUAAUUUACAUGGAGAACAAACAGAUACUGGAAUGCAAGAGGCUGUUGUUCAAGAUAAUUUACAGCUGCAGAAGACAGACCAUCCCAAAAUAAGCAAAAACAAAAAGAGGAAAAUGAAAAAGAAGAGACAGAAAGAAAAAAAGAGAGCAGCUGGCUUGGUAACAAAAACUACCGGUGUGGAUUUUACAUAUCAGCCCGACAAAAACAACAGAGAAGAAGCAGCAGGCUUAAAAGACAUAGAUGAAAAGGCAGAUAGCAUUCUGGACUUCCUGCAGGCAACACAACAAAUUUAUUUUGCUGACAAGAAAUCAGAAUGCAGAGAUGCURCUGUCAAUUCAGCAACUGCCCAAGAGCUCUUACAAUGUCUUGAAUCUCGCACCAUCUCUUCCUCAGAUUUGACUCAUCUGCAUCGGCUGAAAUCCCUUGUAUUGCUACAGGAUAUUGAGAGAUUGAAGGAUGCUCUGAAACAAUUCCAAGAACAAUCCACAAUGUCUCCUGAUCAUGCCAAGGUAGCCACAUCUCUGUUUCACUACUGGAUUACAGAUAUCCUUCCUGUGAAGAACAGGAAAUAAAACCUUGCCGCUAUGUCCAUAUGCACAGGAUUAAAAUUUGUUGUACAAACUCUUAACAGAGUAGCAAUUGUUCAGGAAGAGCAGUGUCAAUACACUUUCUACACCUUCAGGUAAAUGGAUUCUUUUUAGGUGUUGCAAACUCCAGAAGACAAUGAAGGUGUGUAACUGCAGUGUGACAUUUGUGAUUGUUGGUCAAGAGUGUGGCUCAAGACUUCCAAUGCAUUGAGAUGUACAUUUCACUUCAGGAUAAGGGACUUAACUGGAAUUAUUAAGUCUCUAUCAGGUAUUUUGUUAAGGAAGCAUAGUAUUUAUUAUCUUUUUUGUUUGUAAAUGUAUUGUUCCUUUCUGGAAAUUAUAUUUCUUGACGUUUUUGUAUAUCUGCUUCCCUGGAAAACAGAACUAUAUUUUUUGUAUUUAAACCUAAGCAAUGAUAUUGUCUGAGGAAUGUAUUUUUGCUGAAUAAACUAUUAAAUUGUGGAAAUAGAUGCAUUUCUACUCGUGGGUCAUGUAGGUUGUAUUUGGAGUUACGCGUAACUUGGMUGGUGUUUUCAGAACUUCUCCAUGGCUCAGCCUGUUACAAUCCAAUGGGUUUCACUGCAGAGUUAUGGGWUUGGGUUCUCUCUAACUGAUUACUGUGUAAUCUGUCUACUGCUGUGUAAUAUUUCUGCAAUUGUACAUAAUGAAGUAAAUAAUAUCCAUGGCUGUAAAAUGUUUUGGAAUCGUGAAGAAAAAAGUGUUUUGUGAGAGGGUCUUCUCUCAGCUGUAUUAUUCAUCUGAUCAGAUGAACCAUGUCUCAUUUCUAGGUUUGUUAGCUUUGUCAUCAAUAAGAUAGGGCCAACAUAUUUAACUUCUCCACCAUGGAGGAGUGCUUGCAGGUAUACUACUGAUGAGACUAUAUAAACAUUGCAGGAUUUUUUUGCUUUGUUAUUUUCUUUUUUAUUUUAUUGCCUGAUGUAUCCUGUAGCAAGGCAUUGGUUUGGUGAUGCUCAAAAUUCAUAAUAAAAAUAGAAUCAUA